CUGAAACCUGUACUGUAUGUACCGGGAAGCAAGCUUCAGCGAUGGGCGCUCUCUCCAGGUUAUUGACUGACCACCAGCAUCGUCCCGACGUAGACCGUCAAGUGCUGCUAUCUACACAUCUUCGAGGCCGGUUCCUCUCUGCAUCUUCGAGGCAGGAUCCUCCGAAUCGCGCAUACCGUUACACCCUCUAUUCUACAGGUUUAGAACGAGAUGUCGUCUCCCUCUAUUUCUGAGAUCCAGCAAUUGCGUUCGCCUCUCGCUGUUGUGUAUGCUUCGGCAAUGGAAUCCACCGGCGUCUCGAUCCUCGUUGCAGUAUCGUUUCUGUCCCUUCUCGCGGUGUUCGGGCUGUUGGUGGCCAUCGGUGUAUCGGCCGUCAAUUCGAGGAAAGUCGAAGGACAAGCGCUCUUCAUCCACAGCCAUGUCUCCGCCUACUUCAUCUGCCUCUUAAUAUGCUGGAUUCUUCAAUGCCUCGGUACUGCCCUGAGUAUCCAAUGGCUACAGGACCGUAUGAUCGUGAUUGGGCAAUUCUGCACUGCCCAGGCGGCUCUAAAGCAUAUUGCAGAUGUUGGGAUUGCUGUCUGGACACUGGUUAUCGCCGGCCAUACAUUCUGUGUUCUAUUCCUAGAACUCAGGAUCGCGAACUAUGUCCUCUGGCUUGCCUUAGGCCUCGGCUGGACCGUUAUCUUCUUCCUGGUGGGAUCCGGUCCGCUUUUCAUCGCGCGCAAGGAAAUAAUCCCUUUCUACGGGAUCGAUGGACGCUGGUGCUGGAUUUCUCCAGUUUACACGUUUUCUCAGGUCUUCCUUGCCUGGGUCCCGAUACUCUUGGCCGUUGCCCUCAGCAUGGUGCUAUACACCCUGACCUUCUUCCGUCUUCGCGGAAAUAUCGUUCGGAAUGGCUGGAAACUCGCCUUCCGUCGUAUGGACGGUGAUGAAUCAGGAAAGUACUUCGACAACGACCAGACCAUGGUCGCCGCAAAGCAAAUGCUGUUGUAUCCGGUAACUUACGCCAUUUUGGCCACCCCAAUUGUCAUCGUUCAGUUCGUAAGCUGGUCGGGAAUCAAGGUAUCCUUCGAGUGGGUUGUGUUUAGCGGCUCUGUGUAUCUAUUGUCAGGGUUGCUAAACGCCAUCGUCUUCACCACGACCCGACGCAUUCUCCCAGCAUCAUCUCUCCGACUGGGCAAUUGGUACUUCAUUCCCAGAUCUCGGGAGAACUCGACAACCUACGGCGCCUACUCUGCAGAUCGGGCAGAAAAGGGAAUCUCAAAGACGGUAAAGUUCGCGGCGGAGCCCACAAUCUUGUGCACACCACCUGGCCGCCGCGAGAGCGGAAAGCGCCCACCUGCGCUCAGCCUCUCCCCGGGUCACCGCGACAGCAUGGCAAGCAUGUACAGCGCCCGAGAAGGUGUGUACAUGGGCGCACCCUUGAGCUCGCACUGGAGCCCAGACACACCGCCUCUCAACAAAGCCAGCCGGCUAUCCGUCUACUUGGAGAACGUGUCCGCCAUCGCGCAAAAGAUUUAGCCACAUAGCACCGCAUGUUUGCUUUCAAGCGCCAAUGCAAUCUCAGGAAUUCCAUAAGAU